UUAUUUUUUUAUUUCUUUAUUGUAUUUUCAGGGGGCACAAACUUUUGCACUUAACGGAGAAAGAUGCGCAAAUCUCGCCCACACCAAAUAUCGCGAUACUAUCAAAAAACCACACUCGCAUUUAAUAUUAAUAACGUUUCCGGCCUCUAACUUUUCAAAGGAGUCGAAAGUGAAUUCAGAAUAAACAUGAAUAUUUUACCAAACAGAAAGACUCCCUGGAGUGUUUCAAAGUGGUUCACAGACAGUCAAAAAAAAAUCUCCCGUUAAAAAUACGGCUUUAAAUAAUUAAAAUAUGAUUUAACAAAAAAAAGAGAAAGAAAAAGACAGACAAGUUAGCAAGCACCGCUAACGGUUAUGCUAAUAGUAAUGCUAAUGCUAAUUUGACACACGUCAUAUACAGAGUUAAAUAUGGCGACACUGGUUGAGUGACGGAUUUAAUUGGAGAGCUUUACAAGCUUUGAAUGUUUUAAGAAAAGCGUGAGGUUGAGAUUUUUGGGGCCGUCAGACCAGUGUUUUGUGUUUAUAAACUCUGUAAGGAAACCCAGGGACUUUCAGAAGCUUUCACAGACGUCAAAAACAGGACUUUAAGUGUAUCUGUUGGUCAUGAAUCAGAUGGUGGAGGAAUAGAGGACGAACUCGGCCCGAUCCAGCUCUAUCCCACACUGCGUUUAAAGGUAGAGCAGGUAAAUGCCGUGGCCGGCGGGGGUGUGUGGUCUCCAGCGGGUGGUCUCCAGACGUUCAGGCUAACCCACCAUGCCAUCGUCCACGCGGAAAGUGAAGGACCCCGACCUCGCCAGCCUCUUCUUCAAAGAUGACCCGGAGGAGGUGUUCUGCGACCUCCACGAGAUCGGCCAUGGGAGUUUCGGCGCCGUUUACUUCGCCCGAAACUCCUACACCAGCGAGGUGGUGGCCAUUAAGAAGAUGUCUUAUAAUGGCAAACAGACCACAGAGAAGUGGCAGGACAUCAUUAAAGAGGUCAAGUUUCUGGAACAGCUGAGACACCCAAACACCAUUGAGUAUAAAGGAUGCUACCUGAAAGACAACACUGCCUGGCUGGUCAUGGAGUACUGUUUAGGCUCAGCCUCUGAUUUGUUAGAAGUUCAUAAGAAACCACUGCAGGAGGUUGAAAUCGCUGCCAUCACCCAUGGUGCCUUGCUGGGACUGGCUUACCUGCAUUCCCAUAACAUGAUCCACAGGGAUGUUAAGGCGGGAAACAUCCUCUUGACUGAGCCUGGUCAGGUUAAACUGGCUGAUUUUGGCUCUGCCUCCAUGAGCUCUCCAGCCAACUCAUUUGUGGGGACUCCGUACUGGAUGGCUCCUGAGGUGAUUUUAGCCAUGGACGAAGGCCAAUAUGAAGGCCGGGUGGACAUCUGGUCUCUGGGGAUCACCUGUAUUGAGCUAGCCGAGCGCAAACCUCCUCUGUUCAACAUGAAUGCUAUGAGUGCCUUAUAUCACAUUGCUCAGAAUGAUUCGCCCACGCUGCAGUCCAAUGACUGGUCGGAUGCGUUCAGGAGCUUCGUGGAUUACUGCCUACAAAAAAUACCUCAGGACAGACCCCCUUCAGCUGAACUCCUGCGACAUGAUUUUGUGCGUCGUGAUCGACCUCCAAGGGUCCUGGUGGACCUGAUCCAGAGGACGAAGGAUGCCGUGCGGGAGCUGGACAACCUGCAGUACCGCAAGAUGAAGAAGAUGCUCUACCAGGAGAAACAUAACAGUCCGAUGGGAGAGUCCCAGGAGGAGGAGGAGGAUGGAGAUCAGGGCUGUAAGGGGAACAGUGUUGGCAGUAAUCACUCUGUGCCCAGUACCUCCAUCAGUACGGGCAGUCAGAGCAGCAGCAUCAACAGCCUACAGGAGUGUAACGAUGACCCCUGCUCUGAAAUGGCACUACCAACCCACGAGUACGACAGCACGCUCGAGUCUUCCACACACCACAAAAAGGAUCAUCAGUAUAUCCGUGAUGAAGCUGGUCACCGCUCUGACUUUCGACCUUCACCAUCAGAUCGUGCUCAGGCUCAUAAUUAUAAAAACCGUGAACGAUUCGCUACCAUCAAAUCCGCCUCGUUGGUGACGCGUCAGAUCCAUGAACAUGAGCAGGAGAACGAGCUGCGUGAGCAGAUGUCCGGAUACAAGCGCAUGCGACGGCAGCACCAGAAGCAGCUGAUUGCUCUGGAGAACAAGCUGAAGGCCGAGAUGGACGAACACAGGCUGAAGCUGCAGAAGGAGGUGGAGACGCAGGCCAACAACGCCUACAUCGAGCUGGAGAAACUCGCCAAGAAGCACGCCAUCCAAACAGAUAAAGAGAUGAAGAUGACGGCAGCGGACGAGAAGAAGUUCCAGCAGCAGAUUUUGGCCCAGCAGAAGAAAGAGCUCACCACCUUCCUGGACAACCAGAAGAAACAGUACAAACUGUGCAAGGAGAAAAUUAAAGAGGAGAUGAACGAGGACCACAGCACUCCAAAGAAGGAGAAGCAGGAGCGUUUGUCCAAGCAUAAGGAGAACAUGCAGCAUUCACAGGCGGAGGAGGAAGCGCAGCUUCUUGGCCAGCAGCGUCUCUACUACGAGCGCAACUGCAGGGCUUUCAAACGCAAAGUCAUGACCAAGAGGCACGAGUUUGAGCAGGAGCAGCUACGAGAGGAGCUGAACAAGAAGAAGACGCAGAAGGAGAUGGAGCAUGCCAUGCUGAUCAGACACGACGAGUCCACUCAGGAGCUGGAGCACCGGCAGCUGAAAACGCUGCAGAAGCUGCGCAUGGAUCUGAUCCGCCUGCAGCACCAAACUGAGCUGGAGAACCAGAUCGAGUACAAUAACCGCAGAGAGAGAGAACUGCACCGCAAACACGUCCUCGAACUCCGGCAGCAGCCCAAAAACCUUAAGGUGAUGGAGCUGCAGAUAAAGAAGCAGUUUCAGGACACGUGUAAAGUGCAGACGAAGCAGUACAAAGCGCUGCGGCACCACCAGCUCGAGGUGACGCCGAAAAACGAGCACAAAACCGUGCUUAAGGCGCUGAAGGAUGAGCAGACGCGCAAACUCGCCAUCCUGGCUGAGCAAUACGAGCAGAGCAUCAACGAGAUGAUGGCAUCACAGGCGCUGCGUCUGGAUGAAGCUCAGGAGGCCGAGUGUCAGGCUCUGAGGCAGCAGCUGCAGCAGGAGAUGGAGCUCCUCAACGCUUACCAGAGCAAGAUCAAGAUGCAGACGGAGGCACAGCACGAACGCGAGCAGCAAAAACUCGAGCAGAAAGUGUCGCUGCGCAGAGCUCACCUCGAACAAAAGAUCGAAGAGGAGCUGGCUUCUCUUCAGAAGGAGCGUACGGACCGGAUCAAAUACCUGCUGGAGCGUCAGGAGCGCGAAGUGGACGCCUUCGACAUGGAGAGCCUGCGCCUGGGCUUCACCAACCUGGGCGCUUUAGAUUACCCUAAAGACGACUACAGAUGAGACACGCGACCUUCUCUGCCUUUUAUUAAGAAGCAAAAAAAAAAAGGAAAAAAAAAAAAAAAAAAAGUCCUCCACUCUUUUAGACACGUGCAGUUUUUGCUACUGACAAAAAAAAAGAAA